CAGAUCAAAAACUAGGAGUGAGAUUUGAAUCCUGGGCGUGAGAGCCAGAUGCAGGCAUGUGGCACCAAGAUGAAGAGAGGUGAACUCCAGCUGUGGAGAUCCCGGGCCCAGACUGGACUGCUCCAACUCGCACAGAGUUGGCCAGGCGGAUCAGGAGGCUCUGACCCAGGAAUGAGCUUCCCAAGAACCCUCCCCAGUUCUGACAUGGAGCCAGGCGGCGUGCUGAAUCCCACGGCCGGCUACCAGGAGCAGGCACCAGGACAGCCCUGAGGAGCCGCCACUCAGUAGCAUCUGACCCCUGCGUCCACCAUGAACUGGGGGAUCUUUGAGGGGCUCCUGAGCGGGGUCAACAAGUACUCCACAGCCUUCGGGCGCAUCUGGCUGUCUCUGGUCUUCAUCUUCCGCGUGCUGGUCUACCUGGUGACGGCCGAGCGCGUGUGGAGCGACGACCACAAGGAUUUCGACUGCAACACCCGCCAGCCGGGCUGCUCCAACGUCUGCUUCGACGAGUUCUUCCCCGUGUCCCACGUGCGCCUCUGGGCCCUGCAGCUCAUCCUGGUCACCUGCCCCUCGCUGCUCGUGGUCAUGCACGUGGCCUACCGGGAGGCCCGGGAGAAGAAGCACCGAGAGGCGGCCGGCGAGGACGGUGGGCGCCUCUACCUGGACCCCGGCAAGAAGCGAGGCGGGCUGUGGUGGACCUACGUCUGCAGCCUGGUGUUCAAGGCCAGCGUGGACGCCGCCUUCCUCUUCGUGUUCCACUCCUUCUACCCCUGGUACACCCUCCCUCCCGUGGUCAAGUGCCACGCGGACCCCUGUCCCAAUACGGUGGACUGCUUCAUCGCCAAGCCCUCAGAAAAGAACAUCUUCACCCUCUUCAUGGUGGUCACGGCCGUCGUCUGCAUCCUGCUCAACCUCGCCGAGCUGGCCUACCUGGUGAGCAAGAGGUGUCGCGAGUGCCUGGCAGCGAGCAGAGCCCGGGCCACACCUGUGGGGCAUCACCCAGACUGUGUCACCUGGUCCCACAAACAGAACGACCUCCUCUCGGAGGACCUCAUUUAUCUGGGCUCAGACACUCACCCGCCUCUCUUACCAGACCGCCCUCAAGACUACGUGAAGCAGACCAUCCUCUGAGGGGCCAUCUGGACUGGAUGGCGGGGUGGGCCCGGAUCGGAAAGUUCCAGCAUCUCUCGUAGGUGCAUUCUGGUGGGGGGAGGGGGUGGCUGGGGGAGCUGAGUCACCGGAGCGAAGGGAGGAUUCAGGUGGCCUGGGAUCCAGUCCCGACUCUUCAGCUCUGGCCACUGCUGCAGCAGGGUGGCCUUAGGCAAGUUACCCCUCUGCCCUGAGCCUGUUUCCUUUUCUGUAAAUUGGAGACACAGAGGGCCACCUCCUAGGAUUAUAGUAAGAACAGAUGGGCAAGCCCCUCCGGUGCGUGUGGCCCACUGGCAGGGCUUAAUAAAGGUCAACGUGUUCAUUGAUCCGA